CGCUCGAAAGAACUUUCGGUGUAAUUUCGGUGAAAAUGGAAGAACUAUCCGCAAUAAAAGUGGAAGAGAUUACGAUAGUCGAUGUGCUAGAUAAACUACCGAUCACUGAAGGUGACCAGCAGUGUUCCGUUGAGGAGACAAUACCGACCACCGAACCACUAAACGGUUCGAGAGUUGUGGACCAAGAAUCUUCCUCCGAUGAUGAAGAAGCCGAUGAAAUCGAAGCCACUGACAAUAACGAAGUAGCAGCGUCUAGCUCCAGCCAUGGGGAAAAUUUAGAUCCAAAUCCAGCUGAUUGUGGCAGUGCCACGGAAUAUCACUGUGAUAUUUGUGGCAAGCAGUACAAACAAAAGAGAACAUUUCUGCUGCACCAGGACGUUCACAAGAGCACCGAGCUGAUUCAGUGUGAUGUUUGCAAAAAGCAAUUUUGCAGCAAGGAUGGCUUGCAACGGCACAUGAAAGUUCACCGAAGCGAAGAACUAUUCGGGUGCAAGAUGUGUAAGGGACAAUUCACAACAAUCAGCAAACUGGAAGCGCACAUGUCGACUCAUUGGAAAGAUAAAAAAUUUAAGUGCGACAUUUGUGUCGAUAAAUUUUAUCUCGAAGAAAAAUUGAUUGAGCACCGUAAGACGCACAAUUCAAAGCAGCCGUACAAGUGUAAGUUUUGUGGAAAACAAUUUCCAUUCCUGUCACGGCUAACGCACCACCUUUCCUGUCAUGCUGAGGAAAGAUUAUUUAACUGCGACAUUUGUGGUGGAUCUUUCAAAUCAGAUUUUGAUUUACGGAUUCACAAGAAAACGCACGAUUCGGAGCGACCGUACCAAUGCGACUUUUGCGGAGUAGGGUUUCUAUUCCGGUCCCGGCUAAUACAGCACAUAACUUGUCAUUCGAAGGAGCGGCCAUUUCACUGUGAUAUUUGCGGUGCAUCGUACAAGGCAGCUACUGAUUUGAGGAACCACAAAAAAACGCACAGCGCAGAGCGGGCUCACAAAUGCUCGGUAUGCAAGAAAACCUUUCUGAGUAGUCCUGCGCUUACAGAGCACAUGAUAAGCCACACGGAAGAACGGCCGUUUCCGUGCGAUGUUUGUGGCUUGACGUAUAAGUCGGCCAAGCAGUUGAAAAUUCACAAAAAAUCGCACAGCUCGCACCGUCCGCAUCAGUGCGAAAUUUGCGCCCAGCGCUUUAAGUUUCGUCACACCCUGCAGAACCAUAUGGUCCGUCAUACCGGCGAGCGACGCUUCAAAUGUGACAUUUGUGGUUCAGCCUAUACGGCGCGGUACUCGCUGAGUGUUCACAAGAAGUCCCGUCACAAGAAGCUGAAGAAGUAGAUAUUGUUUCAAUUGGAAUUGCACCCAUAAUAAUAGUUGGCUUCAGACACUGACUCCAUUCUUUAUAGCAACGGUUGAAGUAAAACAAUAGUUCGUUUCAUUUACACCCGUAUUCUGUAUUUCAAACGAAAGUGGAUGGUAUUCUUCAUUCCGCCUUGUUCCUACCAGUGAUGAGCCUACCCAGAACAUUUGCAUAGACCUGAGCCCGGUAAAAAUUAUUUCAUUACGAAACUUGUGAAUGUAAUCAGUUGAACAGGAUAUUUACUUCAAUACAAAAUCCAAUGCCGAAAAACCGCAAAGCUCGUAUACUGUCAUUGGCGAUCAGUUUACAUUUUUCGUUCAGCGUCUGUGAGGUAACAUCGGCUGAUCCCAUCAAAGUUCACGACUGCAUAGAUUACACCAGAUGCAGAUAUUACCCAGGGUACGUUUGUGUAAUAUAGAUAGCAACAUCCUUCUCAUCAAUCUUUUAUCCACGCUCUAUAAUUAAGCGAAUGAUCCAGUUCCAUCAGUUCCGACAAGCUUCAAAUAGACAAGUUUGCUAUUAAACGCUAUUCAAUUCUAGUUCAGUUACUUAAAUAAAUCAAAUAACUAAGUUUACCGCUGCCGUAAUGAACCGAACGAUGACGUUACGGGAGGCAUACGUCUUAGGAAGGAAUAAAAACUAAUGUUGCAGCACCUUGCCGGCAUCGAAACAAUC